CUUAAAGUAUGUGAUGCAAAAUACAAGUAGACACAAGCCAUGGAUAAACUUCAGUGCUGUGACAAUGACAGGAUUUUUGACAAUGAUUUUUGCCGCAGAGGUAAAACCACCACCCGCGUCUUUUGCUGUUUCCCAUCGAGACGGACAAGGUGGGGCUCGCGAGAGUGGUUGCUGGAAAUGUACGUCUUGGGUAAACGCCCCAAACUCAUAACAUGCCCUAACUGUCGUGCUGUCCAAGAAACCUACGUGGUACUCAAGUGCACAAAGAAAACUCAUUUUAUGGCUGCUCUGUUAACGCUAGUGUUACUUUGCUGGCUGCCUUACUGCACGAGGAGGUGUCGCAUAGCCGUACACUACUGCAGAGCGUGUAAAGCGUACAUAGGUCGGAGCUAAAGCAGGCUUGAUUGUGAAAAUAAAUCAUCUUUUAUUUAUUUUUGUUAAUUUAUUAAUUAAUUUAAUAAACCUGUUUUUUACUGUC